CUUAAAUCUACCCCACCCCCUUUCUCCUUCUUCAACCUCAACAAAACAAAACAACGCCUGCAAAAUGGCUCUCCUAGCUAGACAAUCGCACCGCCUCUCUCUCCUCGCGUCCUCCACACGCGCCGCCGCAUCGAUCCACACUACCGUCCCGGCGUUAGCGGAAGGUUUCUCCUCUCCGGCGCCGUACUCACGGCCAGGUCCACCGGCCACAUCUUCACCUGCAGGUCUAUCAAAAACGGCUGAAUUUGUGAUCUCGAAGGUGGACGAUCUGAUGAACUGGGCCCGUCGUGGAUCGAUCUGGCCCAUGACGUUCGGUCUGGCGUGCUGUGCGGUUGAGAUGAUGCAUACCGGUGCUGCUAGGUAUGAUUUGGAUCGGUUUGGGAUUAUUUUCAGGCCUAGCCCUAGGCAGAGUGAUUGUAUGAUUGUUGCUGGUACUCUUACCAACAAGAUGGCUCCUGCUUUGAGAAAGGUGUAUGACCAGAUGCCCGAGCCAAGGUGGGUGAUAUCCAUGGGAAGCUGUGCAAAUGGUGGUGGAUACUACCACUACUCAUACUCUGUCGUCAGGGGUUGUGACAGGAUCGUCCCAGUUGACAUUUACGUCCCUGGGUGCCCACCGACAGCCGAGGCUCUCUUAUACGGGCUUCUCCAGCUGCAGAAAAAGAUCAACCGACGCAAGGACUUCCUUCACUGGUGGACCAAGUGAGGUUCUCACUUCUCACUGAACUGUGUUUUUUCACCAAAUAAGUUGUGUGUUUGCUAUUCCUGCUCAUGUAUCAUGCAACUAUCACACACCCAAAAAUGGUUUUUCUAUGGCUGUUUGUUGUUUUUUGUUAAAAUGGGGAUUGAAUAAGACACCUAAAAAUGCUUGUUCUGUUUACGAACUUUUGUUAAUUAUAUUAUUUAGUGCUUAAUUUGCACCAGCUAUGGAAAUACAAGACUAUAAGUGGGAUUUUGUUGGGUU